CCUCUAGAAAUUACUUUAUGUGCUGUUUUCUACGAUUUUUUUACAAAUUAUCAAUGAAAAUAAUAUGAAAUUGCAAUAAUAAGUGCGUGCUGUAGAAGGCAGUGUAUUAGGCAGUUGUCACACACAUUAUUCAUUACAGAAACGACAAAAGAAGCGACAACAACAUCCAUUGGAUGUCCAAUUUUAACAACAAAUAUCCCUGUAUUAUGUUUUAGACGUAAUAUUUUACGUGCUCGCUGCUCGUUACGUCAGUUCGUUGGGAAUACCUACUUGAUAUGCACACAUUAGCGGGGGCAUGAUUCAUAAUGUUAAAGGUGACGGGCUGAGUCGUGUUUUGCUCGAUAACAAAACCCGUUUUUGAGUUAUCUGAUAGGAAUCCUGGAGUGACUAAUCUGCACAAUGAUUGAGAGUGUCUCGCGUCGGGCAUUCAGUAGUUGUAGUGGUACUUACAACGUUCGGGCCUCUGAACUUGCUAGGGAGAGGAAACUUAAUAUUUUCAAUGUUAUUGUUGUGUUUUUGGACGAUACCCAUCACUGUUUUCAAAUAGAGAAAAAGGCAAAAGGCUCAGUUCUCUUAGAACAUGUAUUCCAGCAUUUAGAACUGGUUGAAAAGGAUUACUUUGGUUUACAAUUCACAGAAAAUGGAUCAAUACCGAGCGCUACAAAUACAGAAAUAACGCGCUGGCUGGACAGCGGUAAAUCGGUGAAGAAGCAGAUUGGUGCUAAUGCCCAGUUGUGGCUGGCUGUACGGUUCUACCCACCUGAGCCGAGUCGGCUAAACGAGGAAUUCACGAGAUAUCUGUUGUGUCUACAACUGAGGAAGCUACUGAUCGACGGCAGAAUGUCUGCGCCCAAGAACACUGUUUUGUUGCUUGCGUCAUUUACUGUACAAGCCGAAUUAGGAGACUACAACUCUCUGGAACACCGACCGGAGUACCUCUCCGAGUUAUGUCUCCUGCCCAAGCAAAGCGCCGAAGAUGAGAGGAGGAUCAAGGAGCUGCAUAAACUACACAAAGGCCAGUCCCCUGCUGACGCUGAUGCUAAUUUUCUAGAACAUGCCAAACGGUUGGAUCUGUAUGGAGUCGAAUCGCACCCUGCUAAGGACUACAACGAAAAAGACAUACUGAUUGGUGUGACGUCAAUCGGUAUUGUGGUCUUCCAGAAAGACAUACGAGUGAAUACAUUCUCUUGGAGCAAGAUCAUCAAAAUCUCAUUCAAGAAGAAACAAUUCUUCAUACAACUGAAACGAGAAGCGUCUGAAUCAUACGACACGGUGCUCGGGUUCAACAUGCGGUCCGCACGCGCAGCCAAAGCCCUCUGGCGGUGCAGCGUGGAACGACACGGGUUCUUCCGACUGCGGGCCCCAAGACGAAGGCCCCUGUUGGGCUUCGGGGCCCCCGCCCCAACUGUGCCCCGGACUGAGACGCAGGCGUUGGAAGAUGCGAAGCGUUGCCGCGCGAGUAAUACGAGCUUUGUGAGACGCAACAGCUCCCGCACGCGCGACAAGUGCGCGUCGUCGCCGGGUCUGGGGGGCGGGGCGAGGAGGCGUGUCACCGGCCACGAGGAGCCCCCGCCCCGCGCCGCGUGGACGGACCCCCCCGCGUGGACGGACACGCCCGCUUGGACCGACCCCCCUUACCCAGAGAGCCCGGAACCGCCCGCUGAUCCUGUCGACGAGGGCAACAGUCUGGAGCGCGUGCUAGCGUGUCGCGUUCCGCUAACGUACGUCGACGAGUCCGAGUCAGAAGCCGAAGCGGAGGCGACUUGCGUCCGCCUGUCUGCGGGGCCGGACGGACGGUUCGGGUUUAAUGUACGCGGCGCGGGCGGCGCCGUCAUCGUGUCGCUCGUCGCUCCUCGCACGCGCCCGCACCUGCAGGAGGGAGACCAGGUACUAUCGAUAAACGGCGAGGACGUGUCGGAGAUGAGCCACGAGCAGGUGGUGCAGCUGAUCCGCAACACCAAGGACACGCUCGUGCUCAUGAUCAAACCCAAAGCGGUCUUCGAAGCCGACGAAACGGGUCCCGAGGAACCGGCCGUAUGCUUCGUACCUCUAACCAGUACGGACACCAAUACCAACCCCCUCCAUCAAUCCAUGCUGCUGCUGGGUGACGGGCUCGCGAGCGGCGCGGCGCUGCGGCAGUACGACGCGUUACCGCGACGCACGGACGCGCCCGCCACCGCAGCGAAGUUGCCGCAGAAUGUCAACAAGAACAGAUACAGGGAUAUUGCGCCUUACGACUCAACACGAGUGCUACUGAAGAACGGACCUAACGGCGACUACAUCAACGCUUCAUAUAUCAACAUGGAGAUUCCCAACUCCGACUUGGUGCUAACGUAUAUCGCGACACAGGGUCCACUAGCGUCAACAGUGGGUGACUUCUGGCAGAUGGUGUGGGAGAGCGAAAGCAGUCUCAUCGUGAUGCUGACGGUCCUAGCGGAGCGGUGCAGGACUAAGUGCCACCAGUAUUGGCCCAAAGUCGGGACCACCCCGCUCAAGGCCACCAACGAUCUAACCGUUCUCACCAACAGCGAGCAGAAUUUUGGUCAUUAUGUGCGAAGGGAGAUGGUGUUGAAGGACAGCGACGGCGGCAGUCGCAGUAUAACGCAGUUACAGUACACCGCGUGGCCGGACCACGGCGUGCCGGAGGACACGCGCGACUUCAUACAGUUCACGCGCGAUUGUGCGGAGCUGCGGCAUCGGUCUAGUGCAGUAGUACCAACAGUCGUCGAAGAAUUAGAUGGCGAAGACUCCCAUACGUUGGAUCCACCUAUGAUAGUCCACUGUUCCGCUGGCGUGGGACGUACGGGGGCGCUGAUACUGGCGGAGGUCGCUCUGCAGCUGCUAGCGCGCCGGCAGCCGAUGUACCCGCUGGAUCUAGUGCGUGCUAUGCGCUCGCAGCGUCCCAUGUGCGUCCAGACACAGAACCAAUACAGGUUCGUCUGUGAGAGUAUCCAAUCAGCCUACACGCAGAUGACGUCACCAGAAAACGGCAACUGAUGGCUACUCCCCUCGGACGAGGUACCGAACAACGUCUGUACGAAACUGUACCAUAUCAGUAUGAAAGUAAGGUCGUAUUUGCAAUGUUGACUCGUCUCGUAUUGCCUUAUAAGGCUGAAUACUUAAACUUUACUUAAAUAAGGGCUUUAAGGAUAGUUAAAGAUAACUGCGACUCAGUACUCAAAGGAUGAUAGCGCGCCAAAAGCAUAACUAAAACCGCCAUCUUGUAAAGAGAUUGGCAAUCUUUCAAGCUUAUUGUGGCUUGUAUCCGAAAUCAGGACGCUGCCAUCUUGCAAGGCAUUUCACCAAAUCCUGUCAAUUUAUCUUACAUUGUUGGUGGUGUCAUUUUAGUGAUAGCUACUUUAUCUGUGGCUACGUCACAUCCAUGUUUUCAUGACAAUAGUGCUGAAAAAUUUUAGUAGAUAAUAUUUAAGUGCCUCUUACUUUAAGUGGUGUUUAAGUACUCGGCCAAAAGAGACUUAGAACAAUAAGCGUGUGAUGUAUAAUUAAAGUAUAUACGCGUCCUUCGCGUUACACAUACGUAAGAAAAGGAUAGAGUAAGUAUUAUGUACCAAAAAGUAGACUGAAUUUUUUACUAAAACGUAAAUUCGUGUCAUAUUCGUCCCUCUCACAUUACAUAAAUAAGACAAGGAUAGGAAGUUUUCUUACGUUUUACUCCUUUAUUAAAGAAACGUUUUUUACCUUAUUCUGGGUAUACAAAAAUUCUGCCUACUACAUAUCUUGCCAUAUUACUUACUACAAUAGUAAUCAUUGUUGUACUACUACUAUACUACAAAACUGCGUAUUCAUAGUAUUUCUAGUCAAAAAUUACUGCAUUUUGGAUUCAGUAUAAAAUGAACAAAUUUUUAAAUUAUAUUUUCUUUGUAAAUACAUAUUUUCUUCCUUCUUCAACAUAAUAUAUCGAAAUAAUACAGUGUAAAUAGUUUUUUAAUAAUCUAGUCUAGAACUAAAAAAUUCAGGUAUUAUCGUCAAAAAAACUAACGUCUUUAGGGUUCCGUCUGCAUCUUUUACGUCGAAAUUGAUAACUAAAAGCCCUCAGACCAAAUAAAAAGUAUUUUUAUUUGGUUUGGUCUAAGUAAAAACCCUAUAUUAAAAAUAUCCUCAAAAUCUUAAGAAUAGUAAUGUUGAUUUUAAUGUCGUUUCAAAGUUUCUUUGGUUUUAUGUUUCCACCAUAAACUUAAUAUACCCAGCGGAAUAGAGCAACAA